AUGGCACUCACAGGAGAACCUGACGAUGUGGCCAAGACUCACAAAGUGAAAGAGAAGAAGGAUGGAGCUCCGGAGAAGCUCACUCCUGAAACCAUGGCGUUCUCCGGAUGCAGCAUCACUAGCGGAGUUGGCAAAGGCUUGGUGGUCGCCGGUGCUAGGAAGACCACCUGCUUUUGCUUCCCUGACACCUCAGCCAAUCAGACGCCUUUGCAGCAAAAUCUCAACAAGCUAGGUGCGCGAAUUGGGGUCCUGGCCAUCAUCAUUUGUAUUGGUAUCUUCAUCAUCGGAUGGCUCACCGAUCGAAAGGAUCCCAGCAAUCCGGACAGCCCUGUCCAGCAAGAAGUGUUGGUGCGAAAAAUUGCUGCAGUGGAAACGCUGGGGUCAGCUUCAGUGAUUUGCAGCGACAAGACCGGCACUCUCACAGAAGGCAAGAUGACCAUGGUGGGCAUGUAUGCUGCUGGCACUACCUACGAAGUCACUGGCAAGGGUUUUGAUCCAGAGGUGGGUGGCGUGAUGCGAGGAGAUGGCACAGAUGGCAAGAAUGAUAUGGGCACCUUGUUGGGACAAGCUCACUCAACUGGGCAGCUACAGUGUGGUGUGAAGAGCAGCCUGCUGACAGCAAUCCUUUGCUGCAACACCACUCUCAGCAAGGAGAAGGAUGAGGCACAUUGGGAGCUCGUGAUGUUCAUGAUGAGAAACUCCACACUUUCGCCUCACCUGCUUCUGCUGGCUGUUUGCGCUUGUCAGAGCUCAGCACAGGCUGGCGUCAUGAAGUGGACACCCAAGGGCAACUCCUCCGAAGCCCCCAUUGUGGUGGCUGCUCGUAAAGUUGGCCUAUCUGAGAACAUUGCCAGCGACUAUCCUCGGGUGCUUGAAGUUCCAUUCUCCUCAUCUCGCAAGAUGAUGCUUACAGUGUCAAAGGUGGGCGGCACACAUCUCUGUGCCGGCGGCAUGCCUCUGCCUCCAGGAACCAAUUACCUGGCAGUUUGCAAGGGUGCUCCCAACUACAUUAUUGACUUGUGCUGUGAGCAGCUGCGGGCGGAUGGAAGUGUUGACAAGUUGACCGAUGAUGACAAGGCCAACAUCCUCAAGAUUGUUGAUGGCUACUCUGCCCGAGCUUUGUGUGUUUUGGCGAUUGCGUCGCGGCCAAUGUCGAAGAUGCCGUACGAUGAGAGCAACGACGAUGUUCUGGACCCAGCGAGUCAUGAACAUAUCACGGAGAUCACCACGGACCAGAAGUUCGAGGCCUGCCGCAAGCAGCUGCGUUUGAUUGGCCUUGUGGCAUCUAUUGAUCCUGAACGUGAUGGCGUUCCUGAUUCAGUGGUUGCCGCCCGUGGAGCGGGCAUUCGCGUGGUGAUGAUCACGGGUGACUACCUCCUUACUGCUAUUGCCAUUGCCAAAAACGUGAACAUCCUGCAGCCAUCGGAUGAUGUGGAGACCUCGGCCAUGGACUGUGCCAACCUGAGACCUGAUGGCGAAUAUCUGCGGCCAGAGGAGACAGAGCCGCCCGUGGAUUUUCCCUUUGGAGAUGUUGAAGGACCUUCUGCUGCAAGUGCAAGGUGGGACCUCUGCAUGAUGCACAGGAAUGGCAACAUGCUCUUUUUGCUGUGCACGGCCCUUAGAUUUGGACCCGACUUCAAUGUUGGGGACAAGACUUGGGGCACUUCGCGAUGUCUUGGAGCUGAAGAGCUCUGCUGUGCAAUCUUUCCAAGGUUUGCUCUACAGCAAGGACAGACAGAUCGUCGAUUGACGGAAGACCGGGAAUUGAGUGAAGCGCGAGAACUUCAAGGUGUCAAUCUGGAGGCGGCACCACAUCUGACCCAGCUAUCAUCGGAGACGAGCGAUGUUAAACAGGCAAUGCCUCCAGAGUGGAGUUUCUUUGGAGGAACAGGUGAGCCGGCUCCGAAUGUGAACACCUACAGCCUCUUCGACGGAGAGUCGCUGUGGUUCCAGAUGGUGGGACAGGUGGCAGCUGGCACUGGAGCGGCGGCUCAAGGUGGACCUGCAGUUCCACGAGCUCAAGGAGGUGGACCUGCAGUUCCACCAGCUCAAGGAGGUGGACCUGCAGUUCCACCAGCUCAAGGAGGCGCCGGAGCAGCAGCAUCCUCGGAUCAAGGCAGUCCUGGCGUUGGCGGGGCGUAUGCACCGAGUCCAGACAGUGCGAGCCCAGAAACCCUCUCCCACUGGAUUGCCCUCUUUGCAGAGCAGUCCAACUUGCCAGAGGGAUCAAAUGGCUCCGCUGGAAGCUGCGACGCCUUGGAAGAGCUGCUGCGUACUUCCCUAGGCAGCGGAACUGCGGCAUCCUCCGCGCAAGGCAGCGGAACUGCGGCAUCCUCCGCGCAAGGCAGCGGAACUGCGGCAUCCUCCGCGCAAGGUGGUCCACCUGAGGGUGCAGCUGAAGCAACAGCUGAAGGAGGUGGUCCACCUGCAAUUCGUCCAGCUGAAGGAGGUGCGACAUCCUCGGCUCAAGGUGAUAGCGGCAGCGGUCCCCAUCCUGCCCCUGAGAAGUGUGUUGUGAGCUGA